GAGUUGGCCCCAACACCCAUUACCCAACAGAAAAUUUUACCCCCAAUUUCCCGUACCAUAACAACCUACACUUCCUCUCUUUCAGACUCUCUCUAUCUCUCUCUACCUGUUUGUAUAUAUAUAUAUAUAGCUGUGUGUAUAUAUAAAUAGCAGAGUUCCAAAUCUCCCACCAAACCCCAUUUGCGAAAUCUCCAAGAAAGUGAGUUUUUCUCGUAUAUCAACGCUGUUUAUUUGAGUCGACAUCCAAACAAACGAAAGCGGACGAUGAUGAUCCCGCAGAACGAGCCCUGGGCGACUCGGACUCAGCCGCCCACGACUCACUGGACUCCGUUGGAGGACAAGCUCUUCGAGCGGGCUAUUGUGCUCGUGCCCGAGGACCUGCCCGACCGCUGGCAGAAGAUCGCUGACCAAGUUCCCGGGAAGUCCGUCCGGGAUGUUAUGGAGCACUAUGAUGCUCUCGUCCACGACGUGUUGGCGAUCGAGUCGGGCCGGGUCGAGCCCCCCAAUUACUCUGAUGACUCGGAUGUCGCCGCCGGCUGGGACACGUCGAGUCAGAUCUCUUUCGGGUCCAAGCCCAAGAACUCUGACGCUGAAAGAAAAAAAGGGACUCCUUGGACCGAAGAAGAGCACCGGUUAUUCUUGGUCGGGCUUCGUAGAUUUGGCAAGGGUGAUUGGAGGAGCAUUUCAAGGAAUGUAGUUGUGACAAGAACGCCUACUCAGGUGGCUAGCCAUGCUCAGAAGUACUUCCUUCGCCAGAGCUCAGUGAAGAAAGAAAGGAAGAGGUCAAGCAUCCACGAUAUCACCACAGUGGAUAAUAGCACGGCGGCUUUGCCUGUCGAUCAGAACUGGAUUCCUGCACCAGGUAGUGUCGCUCAACAGCCACCUGCUUUGCCACAGUUGAACAUGCACGGGCAAGUGCCGGACCAAGGGGGCUCAUCAUAUGGGUAUCAGAACUUUGGCUUUCAAAUGUAAAUAUGCAUAGCAUAGCCGCUACAUGCUCUGUAUAUAAAGCAAGAGUCUUAAUUUAGCAAAGCCGAUUUGUAAAGUUUUAUGCAUGGUUUUUGUUAGUUGGUAGAUGAUUAGGAGCAUUGCAAAGUGAAUGUAGUAGCAUAGGUAGUAAUCAGAAGUCGUUAAGCGAAUCAGAGAAAUGAAUUUAUUAGCAAAGUGAAACUUUUUAGAACAAA